AUGGCUGAAUCACCCCAUCCAAGCUAUUCUAUGCUCAAUUCUCCGACUAGCCAACCCCAGACUUCCAUCUGCCCCUUGACCCCCCCUCCGUCAAAGACAUGUAGCCGAGAACCGACCAGCCAAGCCAAAUCAGAGAAGACAGGCGUGCUCGUGCGCACCAACAAACCCGAUGUCUACACAUCUGGCUGGCGUAACUACCAGAGCACGCAAAAUGACCCCUGCACCUCACCACCGUGA